UUUCCUUGGCCUCAUAUUUUGCUCUGUUCUUGGGAUUCAACCACUUAUAAUCUUUGAGAAGUUCCAUGCAUUGUUUGACUUUCUAGACUUAUAUUGUGUUAUAAUAGUAGAGAUUAGAUCAGUAAGCACAGGGAGCUGAUAUUCUUCCUGCUAUUCUUAAGGCCAUCCUUCUCUGUUCAGGAAGGCCUUGCUACAUUUUCAAUCAUGGUGGGGAAUACAAGGCUUGUCAAAGCUGCAAUGUUGGUGGAAUUGGUAUUGGUUUUGAUGGUAGCAGUGAGACUCACUUCUGCUACUCAAUAUAAAGUGGGAGAUGCAGAUGGUUGGAGAAUAGGAAAAGUGAAUUACACAGCCUGGGCAGAAUCCAAUGAUUUUUAUGUGGGGGACUCUUUGUUGUUCCUUUACAACAAGACCUGGCACAAUGUGCUUCAAGUGACAGAAAACGAUUAUGAUUCUUGCAAGAACAGUUCACCCAUUGCUACUUAUGAAGGUGGGAACAACAUUUUGCCACUAUCUAAGGCGGGCCUCUAUUACUAUCUAUGUGGAAUCACAGGCCACUGUGAAGCAGGGCAGAAGGUAGCAAUAAAUGUUUUGGCAGCAAAUGGCUCUGCUCCUUCUUCUUCUCCUGAAACUGCACCAUCCCCUGCAAACGACUCUGCUCCUUCUUCUUCUGCUUCAGUGAAACCCAAAUCUGCUGCACCAUCACCAUCUCCUUCAGCUUCUGCUAGUUCUCCUAAAAGCAGCCAUGUUCCUGCCAACGCUCCUGCAGCAUCUGCCUCUAGAAGCAGUGCUCAUGUUACAUCUGCAGGCUCUGCCUUACUGGCAUUCAUCUGGGUAUUGGGUGCCCUGUUAUUUUGUCUGUAGUUUUUUCCCUGCAUGUUAUCUUGUUGAAAAUGUAGUUUUUUCAUGGCAUUUGUUUAGGAGGUGGGCUGGAAUUCUUUGAUAACCCUGUUGUGAUGUGAACAAUAAUCAUCUUAUUCAUACAAAAUUCAUAUUUUGAUCUAUGAAAGACAGUUUUUUUCGAGUGAUAAAAUGUUUCAGCGUGUGUUAUU